CACCCAAUGAUGUAGGAACAUUAUAGGAUCGCCUUGUAGGAUUCUGACACUCUGAUAAGCACUGAGCGCUUCAGUCUAACAGGAGGGCGAAAAAAUGAUCAAGACUUUUUUGCUUACAUAUCACUAGAUAAGCAGCAUUUAUUCAGUGUUACUAAAGGUUGACCCAUACACUGGUAUACGUGCCUGGUGGACCUAUUCAUUAAUUAUUAACGCAUUAGGGACCAAAAGGACCAGCAAGAACAAGACUUAUUAGUCAUUAUAUCUAAUUACUGAAUGAAAAUUACGCAAAAAAAACUGCUUCAGUGUUUGUAGUCACUAUGAGUUCCAAUAGCCCAAUUGGGUCACAAGUGUCGCUUACACAAUUCAAAAAUGUGGAUAAUAAAACAGGGGAGGUAAACAAUGGAUAUAUAGAAGCAGACGAUCUUAAAGAUUGUAAAAGCACAAAGAUUGACCAGUCUGACGUCGCACACUACGACCACCACAUCGACCCAGCCAAUGGUCAAGCGAAUGGACAUGUCGUGGACGUGGACGGCUCCUACGAUGAAAGCGGCGAGUUCCUUCUCAAGAAGAAGGAGUUUGAUCCCAAGAGCGCCAACCUGUGCUCCCGCGGAGUCAUGGUGGCGCAGGAGGGAUUAGCGUACUUAUGGAACAACAACAAGCGUAUUAUUAUGGCGGUCUUCGGCAUCAUCUGUCUGAUGCUCUAUGUGGCCUACUUUGCCUACGCGAUGUACUACAGGUUCGGAGACGAAGGUUCCAUUCGUCUGCUGGUGUGCACCAUCAUCGGCGUCCUCCUCCUCGUCUACAACAUGGUCGUCUCCAAGCGCAUCGGCUUCGUGAAGGAACACAUCAACAAGUUCACCACAGGUAGCGACAAGGCGAAAAUAAGAAGAAUCAUACGCUGGGUUUUGUACUUGAUGAGUACAGUUGCUAUGGUAACACUAAUCAUCAUAUUUGUUGCCAUUGACGAGCCAAGAAACCUCCUCUCAUUGGCAGGCUUAGCAGCUUUCCUGUUGAUCUGCUUUCUGACGUCACACAGUCCCGCCAUGGUCAACUGGCACCCGGUAUUUUGGGGCUUUUCUGUUCAAUUCUAUUUUGCUAUUAUUAUCCUGAAGACAAGGUGGGGCUAUGAAACGUUUAACUGGCUUGGUGACCGGAUUACAGAAUUCUUGGCCUACAGUAAUGCUGGUGCGGCUUUUGUCUUUGGUGACUAUGCCAAGAUUACGCCAUUUAAUGGGCCACCUAUUGAAUUCACAGGAAUUUACACUUUGCACUAUUUUGCUUUUGCGAUCAUGCCUAUCAUCACAUUUUUUAGCACCGUGAUUUCCAUUUUGUAUUAUCUUGGAAUCAUGCAGGCCAUCAUAAAGGUUAUAGGUCACUUCCUUUCUUUUUGCCUAGGCACGACACCUACAGAGUCUUUAAACGCUGCUGCCAAUAUAUUUGUUUCCAUGACGGAAUCACCUCUGAUGAUCCGCCCAUUUUUGGCCACAAUGACAGCCUCAGAACUGCAUGCUGUUAUGGUUGGUGGUUUCGCAACCAUCGCCGGAGGUGUUCUUGGGGCUUACAUUGGUUUUGGAGUCCCUGCUGAUCACUUGUUGUCAGCCUCUGUCAUGUCUGCCCCUGCAGCUUUGGCCAUCUCCAAACUGACAUACCCUGAGGUAGAGAUACCGAUUGUAAAGUCCCAAAACUUCAACAGGAUUGAGAAAAGCAAUGAGGGUAAUGUAAUAGAAGCAGCAUGUAACGGUGCUGUCCUUUCAGCCAAGAUCAUUGCCUGUGUUGUGGUCAAUGUGAUGGCAUUUCUCUCCCUCCUCAAGUUUGUCAACGCCACGCUGACAUGGUUUGGAGACAGAGUCGGUAUCAAGGAUUUCACAUUUGAGCUUAUAUGUUCAUACAUAUUGUAUCCUGUGGCUAUAUUCAUGGGAACUGAACCUGAUGACUGUCGCCAGGUGGCAGAGCUUGUUGGUGUUAAAACAUUUACCAACGAAUUUAUAGCUUACCAAAAACUUUCUGUUUUGAUCAAGAAUCGUAAAGAGUAUUUAAGAUAUAUAGGCCAGUUUGGCUCCAACAUGACCUAUCACUUCAGUGGUGAUGAUCUGAUUCUUAACAACUGGAACAACACUCGAUUGGUUAAAGGUAUCAUGUCGCAUAGGUCUGAGAUUAUUGCUACAUAUGCUCUCUGUGGCUUUUCCAACAUUGGCUCAAUGGGUAUCUUGCUAGGCAGCUUGUCAGCUAUGGCGCCUUCACGAAGAAAAACAAUGGCUAGGAUUAUCUUCAGAGCCAUGAUAGCUGGCAAUAUUGCUUGUUUUUUUACUGCCUGCAUUGCAGGUCUUUUCUUUCAAGAAUUUGAUUAAGUAUUUGGACACACAGUGCCAAGAGACAUUCCAAAAUUGUUUCAGAACUUUCUGAUCUUCAAAAGCAUUCCAUUUUUAUAAUGCCAUUAAUGUUUCACUAAAAUGAGAAACAUUUAGAGAAAAGAUGUUAUUUUUCUUACCAAUCUUAUAUCAACUCUGUCUGUCUGCCUGGUCAAAAUCUUUUACACAUUAUUACUCCCAAUUCCCAUUCUUGGAUCAAGUUGAAACUUUGCCCAGUAUUCAUGGUUGAUGGCAACACAUGAAUCAAUUUAA